UUAGGACCUUCUUCCUUUCGUCUGUCUAUGACGGCGAGGGGAAGAACUGGGUCAAGGAAGACAAGAAGGUGUCUCUUGACCUUGGGCUCUUCCAAGGUUACGGGGUCAAGGCUUUGUCGAUGAAAGUGUUUGACGUGCGCGGGAACGCAAUAACGUUCCAAAUGCUGGAUCCUGAAAAGUUUCUUUCCAAAACCAAUGGCUACCGCGUCACUGGGUCCCUCCCCGUUGUCGACAGCACUUUCUUGCUUAGCAAACCUUUGGUCCAGUUCAACAGCCCGACGGACCAGCUGGCACCUGUCGUCAUGCGAUACAGGGAACAGUUCGCGAGGUUGCCUGCUGCCCAGCAAGUUGAUUAUGUUUUCCUGCCCAUUGACGCGGGGUCCAAACGUCCCCAUGAGCCGCCGGCAAAAGCGGGUGCAAAGAGGAAACAAUUGCCGACUGCCCCGCUUUCGUCCGAUGCAGUCGCCCGACCUUUCCCCCCUCCGGUUUCGCCCUCCGAUCGACAAGGUGGCGAUGCAGCGGAGCAGUCCAGCGAGGCCACAAACUACGACGACGGAGCUCUGCGCCAUCUGGCUGGUCCACAACAUCGUUGCCGGGGAGGUACAGGUGUUUUCGACGACGACGAAAGCGAGGGGCAAGAGCGGGAGGGCGGUGGUGAGGAGGGGGACGACGGUGACGAACGAGAUGUUGACGGUGAGGACAAUGGCAUGGACGAUGAGAGAGACGUCGGUGGUGAGGGAUUCGAUGACACUCGCUUCUCCCAAUGUGGGCGUCCACGCGACGGAAACGAUUCGCGGGCGUGUCGUGGGGUUGAUGCCUACGGCGGCGCUGUAGCGGAUGGUGGUGGUGACCAGCCUGGGACCUCCCGAGGGGUGUCGCAGUCGCAUAACCAGGCGAGGGAUGGAAGAGACAAAAAUGCCUCACGGGGAAAGAGGAAAAGGGGAGAAGCGACAACCUCUCCUGCGAACACUGUGCGUGAUAUGAGGCAAUGGUGGAUCGACAACGACAGGAUAGAGGCCCCCAAAGCUAAGGUCAGCGAGAAAGAUGCAGACGCCGUGGCGCACGAGAAAAAGUGGCAAAACUUUCUCAGGGCCUCCAUGGGGAAGGCGUGCGACAAGGCGUUUAUGAAACAGGCGCUGGACAAUGAAUACAGUAAAGAUUGGAGUAAUAAACUCCGAGGGUACAUGAACCUCGCCACGUCCGCAGUCACAGUUUGGCCACUAGUGAAGAGGUUCUUCUCGAUGUUUGAGGAGGGUAAGCUGCCAAUCGGCGACGACAAGAUCCCGCUUGACAUGCCGGGGAGGAUGGAGGGGCGCCUUCCCGGCCCGUACACCGACGAGAGCAAGGGACAAAGGUUGUUGCAUCACUGCAUAUAUGCAAGAGAUGGUCCCAAAGGCUCCACCGUGUCCUGGAAGGAUUUGUGUCCUUCUUACUUCAAGAACUUCGGGGAUAUGACAUGUCGUGAGCGAGAAGUCGCGCUACUCCUGCUCAUGAAGGGGAAAGUGGUGGCAACAAAUGUCAAAGUCACGCCUCCGCGGGUGAACACAGCGUGUCUCCUCGAUAUUAUGCGCAAAGAGAGAUACAUGAUUCACAUGUUCAACUAUGUCGUGUUCCGCGCCGAGGGAAGGGGUGAUGAGGAGUGGAACGACGACUUCUUCAUGUCGUACAAGGACCUCGAAGAGAGGGAUAUGUACCACAAGUUGGGACGAAAGAGACUGAAGGUGUGGGAAUACCUGUUCCGCGAUGCGCCGGAGGGACGUCUUGACGGGAGAUAUAUAUAUAAGAAAACCAAGGUGACAGAGACCCUCAAACAUUAUCACGGUGCUCUGACUGGCGCCUUCGAGACAUUCGUUGCUCGAUGCGAGAUCUUGAAGUUCGAUCUUCACAAAGAUCAACUCAUGUUCAAGGACUAUGCAGACCUCGCUAAAUCGGGUGAAGGCUUUAACCCCGUCGAUAGCGAGGAAGACUCGGCGGAUUUCGACCUCGACAUUGGAAAUGACACCAAUGCAACCGGGUGGCGUGGGCAGUCCGCUGCCAUGGAGCACGACGGCAAGGAAUAUGGACCGGGUAGAUCAGAGGGAUGCUCGAACCCGCCACCCACGAACAGUGUGGCCUCGAUGGUGGACCGGGUGGCGUGUACGCCUAUGGAAGAAGGUGAGGACGAUGAACUUGAUAUUCCUGCUCAGGCAACGAAGCUGGCGCCGGGCGAUCCGAUUCCUCAUGACUUUUGUGCGGACCCAGACACUAUGCGUUUCUUGGAGGACAAACACACCCCGACUGGGGAGGACAAGUGGGGCCAUGAUAUAAUUUGGCAUGACGGCAUUUUCCAGCCAUGCAUCGAAGGCGGGGAGUGGAAGAUGGCGGUGAAGUAUGUAAAGGGUUGGAAAUCAUUUCCCCGCAUGGGAAAGGACAGCUGGUUGAAAACGACGGAGCAGGCAAUUUUAUACUGCGUGCGGAAAGAAAACCCCGGGGAGAGCGAAAACUCCAUCACAACAAAGGCGAAACAAUUGUUCAAUGCCUUGCGCGCCACUCAGCAGUUAGAGUACACACACAAGUUUUACGAGCUGCAGACGAGCCCCUCGCGCGGAUCAAUCGACUGGAAGGUCGACCGCACCGCCUCGGCCAAGAGCAUGGAGGUGGACUCCCGAGAAGAUGCCGCUCUUGUGUUCGAGGCAGCGGCAGGGAUUACGAAGGGUGAACAAAGGGAAGAUGUCGGGACCAUGUCCACCUUGAAGCCUCCUUUGCCAGAGGUGGGGAACACGUCCGCAGGCAAAGAGCCCAUCAUAGCCAUCUCUGUCGAAAUGGGGGAUACAUCACAAGGUGGACAUGUGUUAUUCGACAAGCCAUCGGAUGCGGGCGCCACAUACGGGAGUCUCCUCGUGACAGGUGCGGCAAUGGCAGGCAGAUCAGAGAUAGUGUCGGAGUCCGCUGUUGGGAUGGACAUCACGGGAAUGUCGUUGCAUCCGCCCUCACACACUAGCAAAGGUGACGCACACUGUACAACAACACCACAGCGAGGGGACGUAGGGGAUGACGGGGACGCCGGGAAUGCAGAGGGGUCUCAACGUUCUCGCCAUAUUGAGGACAUGACCACGGACGAUGAGGAUGGGGCAGAAGGCGAUGGCAUCGAGGGGGACGUGAUCAUCGACGAUCGCGAGGCUCGUGGCACGUCCCGGGAGGGAUUCCUGGGACACGAGGAUCAGCCCGAGUUCGAUCCAUUGGCGAGGGAGAGGAUCGUGGACUGGCAGCGGCAAGGGGGCAGGGGGCAACUGCCUCUUGCGCAGGAUCCGUCGGGGGAGGGUUCUUUCAAGAGGAACGAAGGGGGAGCUGUUCCGGCUACCACCCAAGCUGGAAAGAGGCUUAGACAACAGAAGGUGGAUGAGGUAUACGGUGGCAAAUGCUUCUUCAGCAGCCUGGCAGUUAGCCGCGUGCUUCUUCAGCAGCGUGGCAGUUCGCCGCGCGCUGUACUCCCUAACCACAACGAGAUUGCGAGCAUGCAGGCAGUGGAGAGGCACCGUGCGGAGUUGGCCGAGGAGUUGGAGGAGGUGAGGCAGCCAUUUUGGGUGACCGGCGCCACCAUCCUCUUAGACGGGAGGAAAUCACGAGACAGGAGACCGAUCGUUAAUUUCCUCGCCGCAGGGUCUCGAGGGGUCGUCAUGUACACGACGAUCAAUCGAGAGGGGGAGCCAGACGAUGCUGAGCACGUCCUUCGGAGAUGGGACAUGAUGCGAGGGGACGACGCUCGGGCUUUUGCCUCCAUCCCGUGGUCUGCCAAUGUUUGCUACAUGGCACGUUGGGUGCGCCGACAUAUCAGAUGGGAUCCUUGGUGGCAGAGGGUGGCCAUCAUCAUCCAUAUCAUGGAGCCCGUGAUACAGUUGUUCCGGCGGAUGGAUCGUGGAGGGCAGUACAUGUCGCUCAUGCUCGAGUGGGCACAGGAUCUUGUGCAGCGGGUGAAGGAGGCAUGCGCUCCUCUGGGGUCCUCGAUCGCAGACCGGAUCAUCAAGCGUGUGCAGGCACGUACGCAGCACAUGCUAGAGCCGGCCCACUGUGCUGGGUUCUUACCGAACCCCCGCAGGCGACAUGUUCGAUAUUUUUCCGGCGAGGUGCAGGAGUACCAUGCUUGGCUUGUGAGGCAAGCCAAGAGGUACAUUCUGACGCAGACGGGUUUCGAGUUGGAGGGUGCGGAGUACCUCCUUGCCUGCCGGCAGUUCGAGGACUUCCACAUGCAGCAGGGCAGGUUUGGUGAUUGGGGCGGGCCGGAGGGGCGUGCUCGUGGGCGCGCGUGUAGCGGUGACGCCGAGACGAUCGAGUGCUCGUCUUGGUGGUCCCAGUACGGGGCUGGCGCCCCUGAGUUGCAGCGGUGCGCUCUUCGUGUGAUGCACAUGUGGUCUUGCGCCUCUCCAGCGGAGUGGAACUGGGCAGUCCACGAGGGCAUCCACAUGAAGAAGCGCAACAGGUUGGUCUUUGAGAAGGUCGUGCAACUCGUUGAGAUCACCGCAAAUGUGCGGUUGACAGAGUAUCGUCGGGCAGGAUGUGGUUACGUGCUGCUAUGGCAGCGUGACGAGGGGAUAUUGGACUGCCAGGCAGGACUGGAGGUUGAGCCGGUGCGCACGGGCCUGCGCCAGGGGAUGACGGUGGUGAAGAUUGCAAAGCAGGUUGCGCUUAUUACUCGCGAUCCCAUCGGGUCUUCCGCACCGCCAUCUGCUGAAUCAGAUGCCGUUUUCCAGAGACGUGCUUGCAUUUUUCGUCCGUACCCCAGCGACGAUGACUCGGAUGAGGAGCCUACACCCGAGGGAGUAGAUGACCCUGUGCUGCCCAUCCCCAGCGAGAUCAACGAGACGCAUGAGGAGGCCAAUGACGCCGAGGAGGAGGGGGAUGUGGCAGCAGUGGCGCAGGAGGCACCGGCAGUCUCGACAGCGGGGGAGGAGGUGCUAGCACAGGCGACGACUGAGGAGGAGGGUGAGGAGGAGAGCGAGAGCGGUUCCGGUGGUUACGACGACUACGACGACGAUGGGCCCCAACCUCCCCCGCCGACGCGUGCAUCUAGACGCUCCGCUGCGCAAACUUCUUCAUCCGCUCGAGGGAGGAGAAGAUCGACAUCCGGCACUCGAGGGGGUACGAGGAGACAGAGCGGGAAGGGGAAGAAGGGUCAUUGACCGUGAGGCCAUCACUCCGCUUUUCCCGUACUCGCACUGUAAUGCAUCAUGUUGUGCGGUUUUGCUUUUUUUGGUCGUGUCGUCUUGUCUUUGUAUUGUUAGAUACUCAGUGGUAGUGUGCGUGCUGUAGUUGUUGUUUGCUUCAUUUUUGGUGUGUAUGAUUUUGGUACCAGUAGGGUGUUCGUAGAGUAGCGUUGGUUGCAGCAGACUGAGUAUAGUAUCUCGGCAGCUACGACACGACUGGUAGGCUACUGUUUCUUGUUUUUUUUUCGGUAUGUGGUAUCAGUGCAUUAGCAG